GCUCAUGCCCAGACUGGACGACCACCUCUGGAGAGGUCCCUGUGCCAAGGGCACGAAGCACAGAAGCCACCCGAGGGCCAGCGCCAGAGGGCUGGUGGCCAAAGCGGGAGAGAUGAUCAACUCCUCGGGGUCAGGCCCCUCUCUGCUGGCAGCCCAUGGCGCCCCGGGCACUGACCCCACUCACGGGCUUCAGAGCACUGAUGUGGGGGGCCAGGGCAGCAGCGGCCACGUCAACAGCUGGCAUCACCACUUGGUGCAGAGGAGCCUGGUGCUGUUCUCGGUGGGGGUGGUCCUGGCCUUGGUGCUCAACCUCCUGCAGGUCCAGAGGAAUGUCACCCUGUUCCCGGACGAGGUCAUCGCCACCAUCUUCUCCUCCGCCUGGUGGGUUCCUCCGUGCUGCGGGACGGCAGCGGCUGUGGUCGGCCUGCUGUACCCCUGCAUCGACAGUCACCUCGGAGAGCCUCACAAGUUCAAGCGGGAGUGGGCCAGCGUGAUGCGCUGCGUGGCCGUCUUCGUGGGCAUCAACCACGCCAGUGCUAAACUGGAUUUUGCCAAUAACGUUCAGCUCUCCUUGACAUUAGCAGCACUGUCUCUGGGCCUCUGGUGGACAUUUGACCGUUCAAGAAGUGGCCUGGGGCUGGGCAUCACCAUAGCCUUCCUGGCCACCCUGAUCACGCAGCUGCUGGUGUACAACGGAGUCUAUCAGUACACGUCCCCAGACUUCCUCUACAUCCGCUCCUGGCUGCCCUGCAUCUUCUUCUCGGGAGGUGUGACCGUGGGAAACAUAGGACGACAGCUGGCCAUGGGUGUCCCCGAAAAGCCACACAGUGAUUGAACCUUCAGACCCACGGAUCCUGAAGAGUGGCAAGGUUUGGGAGGAAAAUCCAUGAUACUGGGUAGUGACGAAGACUAUCUCUUUUCCUCAGUAAUCUUUUCAGAUGGGGCUGACUGUACCAGUGACUCCUGGAAAACACUUCACCUGUUUCAGAGCA